AUGGACGCUAUUCUCAAUCAGAUCUCAUUUACUCAGCCUCAAAUCGAUCCGAAUGAAGUGACCACGUGGAUUCAUCGAGGUGCCAAUAUUGAAGCGAUUGACAAAAAGCGUAAUACUGUUCUUUCAAACGCUGUUAUUGCCAAUAAUUUAGAACUCGUCCGUGCUCUUGUAUCAGUCGGCAGCAAUACUGCACAUGAAAAUGGUGAUGGUCUCACGCCUUUACAAAUUGCCAAGAAAGCUACACUAAGAAAUCCUCUAUUAAUCGCCCUUUUAGACGCACAAGGUGUUAAUGUUGAACUAAAACAUCUAAUUGAAACAAAAAAAUCACAAUUGACUAUUGAGGAGGUGCAUACUGUGCUCGAAAAGGGAGCGAAUAUUAAUGCCACAUUUACCAAUAAUGAUUCACUUCUUCAUCUAUUGAUAGCUAAUAAAGGUAUGCCAGAGAUGGUGACCGCUUUCGUGAAUGAUUUCAAUGCCGAUUUAUCGGCAAUGAACAUACAGGGAUAUCGACCUAUCGAAACAUGUAUUCUGCUAGUCAAAGAUCCAUUUGUUUAUUUGCUGACACUUUUCAAGUUGCCAAGAAUGACCAUAGACUUAUUCCAUAAUCCGAGAUUGAACAAAACUCUUCUGCAGUUCGCCAUUGAUAAAAAAUGUGCCGAAGCAGCAAAAAUAAUUCAAGAUGAACUAAAUGUUCGUUUGUGGAACUGUAUGGCACGUACUAACACCAAUGAGGAUAACAAUGAAACUAUUAUGAACGAAGUCAACCAGCUGAUCGAAUACGGCGCUCAGAUUAAUUACCAACCUGAAAACAAAGAAUAUCAAGGGUGGACAGUUCUACAUUUAGCAUGUAGAACAACCACAAGACAACUCGUUGAAUAUAUUAUCAAGCACUUGGAAGCUGACUACACCUUACAGAAUCACAAUGGUGAUUAUCCUAUUUCUAUUGCCGCUAAGUAUGGUCAUCUACCGAUUGUUGCAUAUUUGCGUGACUUGCCGAAAUCCGAUGUGAACGUAAUCAACAAAGACCAAGAGACACCUCUGCAUUUGGCAACGAAAAAUCACCAUUUACUUGUUGCUCGAUAUCUUGUGAGAUGGAGUGCCGAUCAUCAAGCUCAAAACCAAUCAAAACAAACUCCAUUGGAUAUAGCACGUGCGAAUGUAUCCAAAAGCAAAGAAGAAGAAAUGAGUGAUAAAAAAUUGAUUCACUUUCUUGAACAAUUGAUUUGUCCUCCAGUGGAUGAUUUAGUCCAACAAUCAUCGAAUGCAACAAAACCCAGUCCUGAUCUUGAUACAUGCGAACUAGUUGCACCAGUGGUCAUCAGUAGUAUUCACAUGAGUACUGAAGAUACUGAUGGUGCUUUGGGAAAACAAAGGAAAGGUCCUUUUGCCGGGAGUCCUAAUAACAGUUUGCACGAUGCCGCAAAAACCGGAGCUAUCUGGGAAGCUAAGCAAGCUAUUUGUCAAGGAGCUGAUAUUCGUCAUCGAAAGGGAAAUCGUACUGCAUACGAAGUGGCACAAAUGUCCAUGAAGGAAUAUAGUCUUAAGUUGAAUUCUACAAUGAUUAAUGCAAUAGAUCGUCCACGUAUUCAAAUGAUAGCAGCCAGGUAUCAACAAAUUGUAGAUAUGAUUCGGCAGAUCGCGCAAACCAAAGUAGUCGAAGCUAUCGAUCAGUCAAAUGCAGGCCUUGUCAUGACCUAUCAUCUAGCUGGAGCACCACUUACUGCUGACUUGUUGUACAGAGCUUGUAGUGUAUCAGACAAUGUCGAGAUUGUCGAUUAUCUGAUUAAUCAAAGUAUGGAUAUUUAUCAAGCUUUUAUCAAUGAUUCGUCACGUGACUGUCCAUAUCGAACUGCAAAAAAGAAAAAAUUUAGCAAAGUUGCUACGUAUCUCAAAUAUCGAUUGUCAAUUGAAUGCACAAAAGCCGUGAAAGAAAACAAUCUUGAGAUGGCCAAGAAACUGGUGUGUGGCGGAGCCAGUGUCGAUAUGCAAAAUACGAAUAAUCUAAGCGAAGCAUUGCAGCAUCAAAACACCGACUUGAUUCAAUUUCUGUGUCAGAAUGGUGCCAAAAUACCACCACAGUGGCUUUCUAAGAAAACUAUAAAGCUAAAUCCAGCCUUUUCGAAAGAGCUGAAACCCGAGAUCGCAUUUUGUAUUAAUCAGUUUCAAAUCAAUCGGCGACUUCGGUUUGCAGCUACCAGUGGUGAUCUUAAUGAUGUGAUUCAAUGUCAACGUCUGGGUGCCGACAUUAAUUCAGUCAAUUGUCAUGGUUCAACUGCACUGUUAUGCACAAUUCAACACGGAAAUUAUUUUCAAAUCGUUCAUGCGCUCGUUUCGUGUGGUGCCUCAAUGUUACAUUCAAAUGAUGAUGAACUGAUGUCACUGAUUGAUCUAGCAAAAAAGCGAAACUAUAAACAGAUCGCCAGUUAUCUUUUCAAAGAACUAAAUAUACAAUUUAUGUCCGCGAUUCUUAACAAUGAUCGAGAAAGUGCAGAAAAAUUUGUGCAACUGGGUGCUGAAUUUAACUACCAAGAUGAACAAAAACGUACGGCAUUGCACUAUGCUGUGCAAUACCAUGGUGCCGAUCUUGUAACUUGGCUUUGUGAAUGUGGUAGUACUCCGACAAUUUGUGAUAUCAAUGGCGAUUAUCCAAUAAUACUAGCGACUGAGAAAGGUGACUAUGCUAUAAUGGAACUAUUUGUAAUAAAAUAUCCAGCUACAAAAAGACAAACAAACAAAACUGGUUUGACUGCUUUGCAAAUUGCUCAAAAACUCAAAUUUGCACGUAUUGCUGAGCUAAUUGAAACUGGCAAAGCUGUACCGAAAUCUUCAAAAGAUCAAUACGCAAAAGAUGAUGAACAUAAGCACGAUUAUGAAACACUUGUACAAGCAGCUCGUAAUGGUCAUGCCAAAAUUAUCCUGGAGUUCAUCGACGAACGUUACGAAUCGAAAGAGGAGAAGAGACGAUUAUGCUAUAAACUGAUUCAAGCAGCAAAACAGGUCAAACAAUAUCAAAUUGUAGACAUUCUCGAACAUUAUUACAAUACAAAACUGAGUACUGAACUGGCAUCGGAUAUGGAAUUAGGUGUUACCUUUACAUUGAAUGAACAUUAUAAGAAAAUCUUACUCGGAUUUUUGAGUGGACUUAGCGAUCUUAUUGCCGAUAGUCCAGUUGUGCUCGAUCCUGCCGACCCCAAUACGUACAGAGACCUUUUCUCUGGUUUGACUGCGAAUGUAGCAAAAUGUUCGCAAGAAUUACAACAAGUCACCAGUGAGCAAGAUGUGAGAAAACUAAUUGAUCGAGACGAGACUAAUACAACGGAACAGUUAACAAAAAUUAAUGAACAAUUAGCGCAAUUGUUGGAAAGCAGAGACUAUUUGCAAACUCAUAUUCAAGAUACUGAUGAACGCCUUUUCAAACAACAGCGUCUCACAGCUUUACAACGGAAAGAGUUCUUCAAAGAAAAAGAAAUUUAUGCGCAACAAUUAGCUACUUAUGAAUGUUCAAUAUUUUUAUUUCAGCGUCAACAAGAAGCUCCAUUGAUUAGACAGAAAACGAGUAAUUUCAUCAAAGGCAAUACUAAUUUGAUAAUGUUCUAUCGAACUAUAGAGAAUCAUUUGGAAGCUUUGUUUCACAGUGCUCUAGCAGCACAAGGUGGUUAUUUGAAAACGGAAGUAACUACGAAAUCUGGUAUAGCAGGAACAGUAAUCAAUAUGCUGCCAACGAAAAUUCCUAUAUUGAGUGUGGCGUCAGCAAGCAUUAAAGUAGUACUUGGUCCUGUGCUAUCCAAACUUAACGAAAAACAACAGAAGAAAGAAUGGCACAAUAUUUCAACGUUGGGCAAUAUCGAAGAACUCAGACGUAUUGCAUCGGAUACAGCUGGCCUUGUAACACUCUACUACAGAGAACAAAUUCAGUCCAUUGAUCCAUUGCAAAAAAUCAAGGGUAGCAAUGUAUUCAAUGACAAGAUGAACUGGUUGAAACGAGUCUAUGAUGUUCGGUCAGAAGGUUCUGAAGAAAUCGCUGUUGUUAUGGUUGCUGAAUAUGUCACCGCUUGGAUAAUCGACGGACUCAAAGCAGGGGUAGAUAAGAUCGUUCCCACGGAGCCAUUGCCACAACAACUUUGGCUACAUGUAGCUAAGAAUGAUCCCACUGAUCAGAAGCAAAUGACCAAAGUAACAGAUGUUGUCGGAAUUUCGGUCGAACAACAGAGGAUUCCGUUGAAGGUGAGAAAUUAUUUCGGUGAAGAAACUAUCUUACAAGUACAAUUACGUUUUCUGAUUGGUUGUGUUUCUGUUAUAAGUAACGACGGUAGUAUUUACCAAUACUCCAUACCUAAAAAUUCCUCUGACAGCGAACUAAAGGAUUUGGAAAUAUUCGGCUGCGUCUACGUUACACCGUUUUCACCGGACGACAAAGCAUUGCUAUCGAUUGUCGGAGGACGAAAGCUAAAUUUAGCCAAACGAGAUCAACAUGGAAAUAUUCUAACGAGAUUCGAAGAUAUUAUCGAGUAUGCACAAACUUAUGUCAGUCAAAAUAAUGAACAUGUUAAUAAAUCAUUGAUUACAAAAGAAACAGCUAAUCAAAUAGCUGGAGUGCUUCGUGAACAGAAGAUCUUUGUCGAUUCAAAAGAUGUGAAAGAGGAAUUGAAAAGAGCACGAGAAACAAUCGAAUUAAGUGUCGAUGUUUUACGUGAAGAAAUUCAAGAAAAAGCUCACUUUUAUCAAAUAUCAAUCGAUGCUGCUCAUGAACAAAUAAAGCAAGAAUCAGAAGCAAAUCGAGAAACAAUGAAAAAAGAUAAUGAAAUACGUUAUGAUCAAGCAUGGAUAAAAUUGAAUGAACAACUUAGAGAUAUUGAAAAGCGUUUACACUGUAAAAAAAAAAGGACUCAAUCAAUCCAAGCAGUUACACAAGCAAAUCAAGCAACUAAAACUAGUCAAAAAUCGGCAAAGCAAGCAACAGAAGCUGCAGCCUCUGCUCAAAAGUUUGCACAAUGGGCAGAACAACGAAGUCAAGAAUUCCAAUCGGAAAUCAAGACUUGUGAGACUACAGUGAAGGAAACAGCUGCUGCACAAAAAGAAUUCUACGAACGAGUGAUCUCGAAUAUGCGUACAAAAAUCGAGCAUGAUUUUGAACGCACACGAGAAGCAGCCAAUGAGUCGGCUGCGAGUGCUAAAGAUUCAGCACGAAUUGCUCGAGAGUCAAUAUCAGCUACACAAGAUGUUCAAAAAAUGACGACAAAUCAACUCGAAGUUCAGAAGAAAGAAAUCGAAAAGACCGCGGCAGAAGCUAAGGAGGCACGGCAGCAAAGCCAUAGAGCGGUGGCCGAGGCUAGAGAAGCUGAGAAACAGGCCAAGCGAGCUGCAGAUGCAGGCACAGUAGCACUUGACAAAGUGAAUAGCAUGUAUGAAAGAAUAGAAAAAGUACUCGAACGAGUAGAAAAGUUAACAAAGAAACAAGAAUCAAAACAAUCAACAACAGCAUUGUAA